AUGUCUGAGGGCGAAGCGUAUGAUCCGGCCGCUGCGGCUGUCCCAGCCGGAGGUAGGGGCGAUGGGGGUGGAAGGGGAAGGGGGAGAGGGCGAGGACGGGGUGGCGGAGGCGUCGCCAUCGCAGGAAUCGCGGAGCUUGAUGCCAGCAUGGGCCGGGGAGCGCCUGUCCCUCCCGCUGGCGGAGGUGGAAAGCCUCUCCUUAAGAAGGAGCAGAAGGACUUCAGAGGACCGGCGGGGCUGUUCAAGAAGGGCGAUUGGACGUGCACCGCGUGCGGCAACGUCAACUGGGAGCGCCGGGCGACCUGCAACAAGUGUAACAACCCGAAGCCUAACCUUGCGGCCACGGACGAGGCUCGAGAGGGGCUCGGCGGUGGCUUCAACGAGCGCCAGGACCGGGCGUCUGUUGCGACGGUGGAGGUCGACGAGGAUGGCUUCGACGACUUCGGCCGGAAGAAGAUCAAGGCUCGCGCCGACAAGAAGGCCAAGGAGGAUGCAGCUCUGGCACGCCUCCGCAAGUCGUUCGGAGGUGGGAUCCUGGGCGGGACCAGCCUGGCCCCCGUCGGCAAACCCCCGGUGCGGGGGCAGUUUGACGAUGCGUCGCCCGCCCCAUCCGUGACCACGUAUGAUAAGUUCGGGCGCCCCAGGCUUGCGGGCGGCGGGCGCAACGGCGGCGGCGGCGGCGGCGGCGGCGGCGGCGGCGGCGACAAUGGGGUUUCGGCGGCGGCGGCGAGUGGAGGAGACAGGGACGGGCGAGGGGGAGACCAUAGAGACAGGGACAGGGACAGACGGGACAGCAGAGACAAGGACAGACGAAGGGGAGUGAGAAGCAGGAGCAGGAGCAGGAGCCGAGAAAGGAGCAGUAGGGACGACAAGGAUAGGUCAAGACGGAGGCGGAGUCGCUCAAGGAGCCGCGACCGUGACCGUCGUCGCUGA